AAUAUUCAACACACACACACAUCACACACGCACACACCACGACACCAGAGGACAGACGCCACAGUGACGAAGUGUACACCUGCUGUUGCAGACCUUAAGAGCUCUAAGCAGAGGUGCACCAUGCCUUGUGCGGAAGGUGAAUUGUGUCUUCAACAGGACAGAACGCCGGAAGACUCUCAUGGCCACGUCUGCCAGGGAGGAUGUGGAGGGCGGCUCCACGGCAACUGCGGCAGCGUGUUUGACGACAUCGAGACGCACCGUAUAUGCAGCACGUGCGUUACCAGGAUUGGCAAGCGCAAAGCGGCAGCAGCUAACGGUGCUGGGGCGGGACCAUCUAAACGCCAGAAGGACAAGAGCGGUGGGAGCAAGAAGGGGGGUGUUCGUGCGCGCCCGGACAACAACACGAAGCUUGAGAUUCUCAAGCUGCUGGAUGCGAAGGUCGCUCAAGUACAGAAUGCAGAACGCUUCGGGUGCUCGGAGCGGUUUGGUAGGACUGUGAAGGCUGACCGGAAGAAGGUGGAGGCUGCGACUGCUGCAGGCGGCGGCACCCAGAAAACCGCGCGCAAGGGAGACUUUCCGGAGGUGGAUGCGAUAGCUCUUUAUCUGCUCGCCAAAGCCCGGAAGGCCAAGGUACCCGUCACACGCGAUGUCCUUCGAAGCUUCGGCCGUUCCGCCAGGACAACCCUGCUGGCUGACACCGCAACUUCUGCAGCAGUAAGGGCGAGGUGGAAGCUCUUGCCCAGGCGCACGUACCUUUCCACCUCGGAGGAUCGGAAGACGGCGCGGGGUCCAAAGAGCAUGUACUUCAAGGACCGACUGGCUGCCAUCAUGUGCUGCAAUGCCGGCGGCACUGCGAAGGUGGACAUGGCCAUCAUCGGAAAGGCAAAGGAACCCCGUUGCUUCAAGGACGGGGGUUCACCUCUGAAGUACUUCUCGCAGGCCAACGCGUGGUCCGACUCUGCGACGUUCCUCAAGUGGUGGCUUGAAGUCUUCCUCCCGUUCGUUCGGCGCUUCACUCACGAACCUGUGCUGCUGAUGAUGGACGGCUGUUCGUCUCACGGUGAUCUAGUGGAUGAUCGNUUCUCGAGAAAGCAUGGGCCAGCGUCACCGCCCAGGAUAUCGCCAGGUGAGGCUCUCACGGAGACUGUCAACAAGAUGAGCACGAGCGUCGGCGACGCGCACGAGCAGCGAGUCGGCACCGUAGACGAUGAGAUCAGCGAAUUCUUCGCAGAACUCGACAUCGAACCCGGAAAGCCGGUCGAGGGAGAAGCGGUGAGCGCCAUUCAGGGGUGGGGUACCCUCGAGGACGACGAUGAGGUGGCAGAGGCUCUUCGACUGGACGCAGUGGACGAAAUGGCGGCACUGCUGGCUGGAACGCAGGUGACAACAGGCGGCGAGGAGGAGGACGAAGAGGAAGGCAGUGGCGAUGACAACACGGGGCCCGAGCGCCGUGCUCCACCUGCAUAUGAUGAGCUGUCGCCUCACUUCAGCGUCCAAGAAGCGGCAGCAGAUGAGAGUGGCAACGGAGAUGCGGCGUUCUUCCUAACGAAAGCGAAGAUGGUAAUGAUUGCAGCGCAUUCCGCUGAGCGGGUGCGCCAGGCAGACAUGAGGGAGUUUGUUGCUCCUACGGAGCAAGGUUGA